AGUAGAUCACGAUGCAUGAUACAGCAAACACUCCUCAGUAUAUCAUAUAUAGAGACGUAUACGCGCAUCGACGACGGUAGAUCAACUCACUUUGAAAACAUGGAUCGUUGGGUCGGUAAGGCGGCAAUCGUGACCGGUGCCAGUGCGGGAAUCGGUGAGAAAAUAGCCGAAGCUCUGGUCAAGGAGGGUUUGUUGGUCAUCGGACUUGGCAGGCGAUUGGAGAACUUGGAAGCAUUGGAAAAACGGCUCCAGGGAGCCAAGGGAAAGUUUUAUCCAAGGCAGUGCGACAUUACCAACACGGAAGAAUUUCAGCGCGUUUUUGAAUGGGUUGAUACUAAAUUUGAAGGGAUCCACGUCCUCGUUAACAACGCUGGUCUUUGGACUCCCAAGCGAUUCAUUGAUGACGAUAUUGAAGGAUUUCGGAAGAUGCUUGACCUCAACGUCCUGGCGUCUGCCGUAGGUGUGAAAGAAGCCGUCGCUUCAAUGCGAAGACGAAACAUAGCGGGUCACAUCAUCAACAUCAACAGCGUCACCGGACAUUGGCUCUCCUUCGAGAACCCUUGCAGUCUGUAUUCAACCACUAAACACGCUAUUACUACCAUGACGGAAACAGUGAGACGGGAUCUCGUGGCUGUUGGUAGCAGGAUUAAAAUUACGAGCCUCAGUCCUGGGGUAGUCAAGACGGACAUCGUUCGGGCAGCAGGUGUCCCAAACCCCGAAGAUGUCUUCAGCAAAUUUCCAUGUCUUGAGCCGGAAAAUAUAGCUGCGGGAGUUAUCUACGUAUUGGGUACCCCGGAACAUGUUCAGAUUACGGAAUUGACGAUUCGCCCGGUCGGCGAAAUGUUGUAAGACAUGGAAUGAUGGAGUCAACUGUAAGGAUGUGUACCCUGAAUUUCAGAUUCAUCACGAAUGGAGCGAAAUUUUAAAGAACUACAUAAUUUUUGUCA